AUGCCAUCGGCAAGGCCUUUCGAUGAGGCCCUCGCACGGAAGUCCCGUGCAGAAGACAUCAAGGGGCCCUUCAAAGUCGAAGACUUUGUGGAUCGGCACCUCUCCCAGAUGGUGACUCAAAACCUGCCUAAUUUUGAUGCAAUCCGUACCGCGAUCCAAGGACUCAGUGGCAACGUUGCAGCCAAACGGUUGACCGAAGUCUUAAAUGGCAUCAGUGACAGUGUAGGGACCUAUCUUCCUGAGGUCCCGCCGGGAGAUCGCAUCCGCUUUUUCGUUCACGAGCACGGGGCGGUCACACACCAUCCCUGGGCGGCAUUAAAUGUCUCGGAGAGACCAGACAUCCUUGGAACAUUCCAGCCCAUAUUCGAUGACUAUCGCCUGCAGGAUUCUAACAGGUCCAGAACAGGGAAUUAUAUUCGUUUUUCUUAUUCACAAGUGGAGACCUGCAUCGAAGUUGUUUCUGAAGGUACGGCUGAAGAAAAAGGCUUGAAGCAGGCGGCUCUCUACGCCACUAGCAUACACCACGUUCGAUUGGACAAGCCGUGUGUAUACGGGCUUUACGCUGGGAAAACACAUUAUUAUGUCAUCUGGAGCGACCCAGUUGCUGCAUACCGAUCACCGCGACAGUCCUACUCGAAGCCCCAAGCCCUCAUAAAAUACGUCGCGUCCCUCUAUAAUGCACCCCCGUCGCACAUUAUGUCAUCUCCCAAUGCAACUCGUGCUGGCUUUCUCUUGUUGUCAGAUAACACCAUUGACACUGAGAACUUGACGCCACGCAGUAGUGCCUGUAGCCCUUUAUGGAGUAUUGAUGACUUAGACGGACUCUAUCGCUGCAUUUUUUCUGGAAUUCCUCACACUCGCUGUACGCGCGUGUAUGCGCAGGUGGACCCUCCCGUAGCCCAAGGUGCCCCCAUCAUUUACAAACAAGUUAUGGGUCGACCGGAUGGAGGGGAUCCGGUUCACCACGAAAUGGAGAUGCUCAACCAUAUCCACAGGGAUGGCUAUGUUCGAGGCGUUGUUCGAGGCGUUGAGGUCCAUGGGGAACCCAUUACUAUCGACGUUAGCUUCUGGGACUCGGAUGAAUUGAACCAAUGGAAUGCCGAUGAAACGCAUGAACAAGUAACCUCCCGAAGAAGUUCUGCAAUGUUCUACCUGGACACUGGUGCGCCAAUCUCGAAAGGGAGGACUGUUUUGGAUCUACUUGCAGGAUUCUUCGAUAUUGUGGAAGAGUUGCGUUAUAUCGUUGAACGCCGUGAAGUUGUUCACCGUGACAUCAGCCCCUCAAACAUAUAUAUAUAUGUAAAGAGCGUAACGCCCCAGGACCCAGCUGCUCUUCCUGAGAACAUGCUGAAUCCUUCGACCGACCAACCAACUUUCAUAAACAAAUACCUCGACCCCGACAACAGGAAUCAGCCUAGGGGUCUGCUUGGUGAUCUGCAUUUGGCCGCUCGCUACUUGCCUGAUGACAAUCAAGCAGCAGAAAUUCUGAGACGGUUUAGUGGAACCCCACUGUAUUCCCCCCGAGCAAUUCUGUCAAGGUCUUGGGCCCCUGAGGCUCACAUAUUCCUGCCCAUGCCCGAGCUUCAAGGCGAGGCGCUCCACACGUACCAUAUGCUAUUUGGCCCUCGCUCAUAUGAGGCCGGUUGGGAGAAUUAUGAUGCCAACAACAUUCACCGAUUGGAUUCGCUGCAAGAUCCACCAUUAUAUCGCCCACGACACGAUAUCGAGUCUCUCUUUUGGGUUAUUGUCGACACUCUACUCCAUGUAAAGCCUGAAGGGAGUGAAGAUUCUCCAUCAAUGCACUUCGCCACAUUUGAGGGUAUUCUCAAGGGGAGGAGGUACCGUGCCGCCGACACGUCGGCAUCUUUAUUCUUUUUCCCUUUGAGUUGGUGGAAAAGUGCGCUUCAUCCAGCAUUGGGGCCAGUUCUUGGUGAAUUGCUUCAUAACAUGGGCGUGCAGGUCGGUCCAGAAUAUGAAUACCUAAUCGAACCACCACGCGACACCAAUCUACACGAGGUGCUUCGAAGAUUGCUCCUUCAAGCAAUAGUGACUUUGAACCAGCAACCUCCCAUUACUUUAGACUCGAGUCGACGAGCUGUUCGGCUUUCUCCUUAUGGGCCCUCGGUCUCAGUGAGCUUGGCGAAUUCAGGUAGCAGUGCCUAA